UUUUAGUGCGAGGAAAACCUUUUCGUUGAGUUUUUCCGAUUGUGAAUGGUGCUGUGAGGAAAAUUCGUCCAUUUUUUCAGUUUUCGUACCACUUAAUCGGCGACAAGGAUCAUUCACAGCUGUAACAACAACAAUAACAGUAUUAGCCGAGACGCAAACCGGUCCAUGCAGUUACCGGUAUUAUGCUGUCGCACUCGGCGUGGCCUCAUCGAGUGUCGCCCUCUACCACCCAAAUCCUGCCAACAAAUCUUACUCAUGCCCAAUCAUCGGAAUCCGGAAUCGAACCCGGACACAUAGCGACAAUCACCGGAUCUUUGGCCUCGUUUCCGGAUCAUUACGACACGGAUCACACGGAUCUGGCGAGCGAAUCGGACGAGGCCGAACUCAAACGAACACUUUUACGAGACCAAUGGCGCCAGUUUUUCGACAAGUACGACCCGGAGGGUUUCGGGGAAAUCCCCUGGGGCGACUUGAUUUCAGCAAUGUCGGACCCGGAGUUUCGUCAUCGCGUCGGCACUGGAAAACGCGAGAUCCUGUUAGAAAAGGCCAGGAGUGCCACAACACCGGCGAUUACAUUCCAAGAUUUCGUGAACGUGAUGACCGGUAAGAGAUCGAGGAGCUUUAAAUGCGCGGUCCACCACCGAGACCGGGAGGUAUCAUCUGAGAACGAUUUUCAUCUGCUGCUGGUCGAGCCGCCCCUGUUUCGCAGGAUGGUCAACAUCGUAGCGGAUGAAUUCCUAACGGACGAAAGAGACCGGAAGUACUAUGCCGACCACUACACCUGCUGCCCCCCGCCCCUAUUUAUUAUAAUCAUCACUCUAGUCGAGUUGGGAUUUUUCACCUAUUAUAGUGUCAGCACUGGUGAAUUAAACCCAGCAGGCCCUGUACCAAUCGAUUCCAUUUUUAUCUACCGACCAGACAAACGAAUCGAAAUAUGGAGGUUUCUCCUGUACAUGAUGUUACACGCAGGUUGGCUGCACUUGGGCUUCAAUUUGGUGGUGCAACUGUUGGUAGGCCUGCCCUUGGAGAUGGUGCACGGGUCGGGUCGGGUGGCCUUGAUCUACAUGGCGGGCGUCGUCGCCGGCUCGUUGGGCACUUCCGUCUUCGACACCGACGUCUACCUCGUGGGGGCUUCCGGGGGCGUCUACGCCCUCUUGGCGGCCCACCUCGCCAACGUCCUCCUCAACUACAACAACAUGCAGUGCGGGAUCCUGCGCCUGUUCGGCAUCCUUGCAAUCGCCUCCUGCGACGUGGGGUACGCCAUCUAUUCGCGGUAUGCCGCCGAAGCGAUGGGGCCGCCGGUGUCGUACGUGGCGCACCUGACGGGGGCCCUGGCGGGGCUCACCAUCGGCCUGCUUGUCUUGAAGAAUUUCGAGCAGAAGUUGCACGAGCAGCUGCUGUGGUGGGUGGCGCUGGGGGUGUACGCCGCCUGCACGAUUUUCGCAAUUCUUUUCAACGUCAUGAACCCCACGGUGGAGGCGGUGGAGAAUUUGGGGGACGGGGUCAACAGUCAGUAUGUGUAUAAUAGGUUCGGGGUAUAGCCCCCUUUGUAUAGGUUACGGGAACUCUCGGAGAUUUAUUUAUCAAAAGCACUGAAACGAUAUUAUUGCCCACAUAGCCAUUCCAGACCCGUUUUACAAUACUAAUCCAAAAAUAAAUCUCGGAGAGGCCGCUCUGUAUAUAAUUUUUUUUGUACAUAUUUAUAUUUAUUUAAUAUUCUAGACCAAAGACUGAAAUGAGUAAAUUCGAAUGAUUUAUUAAGGUUUCGUUGUGAGGAAAUUAUUGUCAAACAGCAUUUAUCAAGUUCCUAAAACGAUUCAAAGCAGGAGUGAGCGCAAACCGACAAUUCCAUUAUUCACUUGACAAUAAUUUCUGCUUUAUUUCACUUUCAGUUCAUUUUUUUCUGAGUGAUAUUAUCAAACUAGUCAUAAAAUUAUUUAAGUAUAAGCCUACCAAAGAAAGUGCUAGUUAAUUCUAUUUACACAAUAAUGUAUUCGAAGCCUUAUAGGUAGACGAUUUUUCAAUGUAUAUCACAAAGAAAUUGUAUUUUUUUACACUCAGGUAGACCACUGUUCACUGAUAUAUGUAUUUGUAACGAAAAAAAAAAAAAAUAGAACUGAUGGGUAUUUCUUUUAUAAUACCUUUAUUCCAUUUUUGUUUUGUUAUUAUUAUCACACUGUUUUACAAAACGCCCAACUUCCAAAAAUAGUAAUAAAUUAUUCAAUUGUG